AAACCCGUAGCUUUUUCAAACACGCACCAGGAAACCCGCACCCGCACCAGGAAACCCGCACCCGCACCAGGAAACCCGCACCUCAAAACCCGCGACCAUUAGGGAAACUCUAGAAACUAUCUGCACACAUCUGAACACGGCAUUUGCGAGACAGAUGCAAUUCAAUGUACAUUUCUGUCAGUCUCAAAGUAUUUGUCGCUCGUCACUAUUUAACAAAUGUCACUAGAAGCAUGUGUAUCUUUUUCAAACUAAGAUUGUGAAAACCAACUAUUGUGAGCGUUUUUGCAAAAAAGGAAAAAAAAAAAACACUUUGACACUUUCUGGGAAAUCAUUUGCGCGCAUACUUAUACGUAUUUUAUACGCGCGCUUUUACCGUCAGUGCGCGUGCGCUAUGACCGAACAGAACGAUGCGCAUAGCAACACAAUCAAAGCAAGACAAUUGAGUAUACAGAUAUUUGGCAAAGAAAGGGCGUACAAAUCAUUAUGAUAAUAAUGAGAGACGACGAGAAAGUUGACCCAGCCGAAGCGCUACUUGAAGCGCAGCAAGAACUUGCUACACUUCAGAGGCAGUACAUAUGCCUGCGUAAAGAUAAGAAAAGUUACACGGAAGAUUGCGAGAAUGUCAUCCGGCGACAGGAAGACACGAUCCAGGCACUACAAGCCGAGCGCACCGAGCUGUUGACGUUCUACAGGGUAGCGGGACGGAAAUACAACGAGUGCUUCGACCUGAAUAAUCUACAAGACAUAAAUGAAUUGAUGGAUAGAGAGGAUCAAUUAAAGGUUGACAUAGCGAGAGAGCGCAUGCGUGUGGGGGAAGUGGAAAAGCAGGUGUGUGCCAUGGAGGCUCAGAUCAACGACCAGCGGAAGCGCAUGCGCGGAAGCAAGGACGUGGCACAUCACAAGUACAUCCUGCUCCAGAAACAGAUUCGCGUUAUGCAAAACAGACUGGACAACCUGAGCAAGAAAUUUAACCACGCCAUGACGAACAACCGGCAGCUGAGGGAUAACAUAGAGCACGUGCUGGGACAGAAGGCUAGAUAUAGAUUCCUGGAUAAUAAGUUACAGCAAAAGCUCAACGAGGGCAAAGCAGAAAUCCAAAGAAUCUCAGAAAUCGCGAUGUCCCAUUUAACUGCGCGCGACGAAGCUCAACACCGCAUGGCGUCCCUGAGAGAGCGCAGCGAGCGAGACGAGACCAUGUACAGCCUGAAGAUCAAGGACGUUCUACGAGUCAUCGACCACGACAACAAACUGCGCGAGUUCAUGAGCACAAAGGCGGAGGACCGCGCAAGCCUACUGAUUGAGGAGAUUAAGACUCGAGAACUGAGGCGCAUCAGUAAUCAGCUGGGAGGGCUGAAAGACCAGGUAUCUGAAUACGAGCGGAUCUUCGGCAGGAUCAAAGCUGCCGCCGGCAUCUACGACACAGACACCCUGGUCGAGUCGUUCAUUGAAAACGAGGACAAAAACUUCGCGCUGUAUAACUACGUGAACGCGAUGGGUCGCGAGAUGGAGAACCUGAACAGUGACAUCAAGUACCUGAGAGAGGAGAUCGAGCUGACCAAGAAGGAGGAGCAUGAUUACAGACGAAAUGAGAUCUUACGGGAGAUGGAGGGCAAGCUAGACGCUGUAAGGUCACGCACUGCCUCGUUGAACAGCACGUGCAAAAAGGAGCGACGGAUCCUCGAGCAAGUCAAGCCACGCAUCGAGAAGCUCUUCAACGCCAUCAAAUGCGACCGCAACAUAAUCACGGAGAUGCUGGGAGGCGGCGCGACCGUGACGGACUAUAACAUGAUGCUGUACCUGGGCAUCAUGGAGCACAAGUGUAACGAACUCUUGCAGGUUACCACGCUACUCAAGGUCAAGAGCGCAUCUGACGAGCAGAAGGAAGCACUGUGGGAGGCCCUGUUCGGACUAACGCCACUUCCGGCCCACGGCAACCUGUCAAUCAACGCGCCUCGCAUUGAAGACGAGGCUGACCAUCUAAUGCAAGUGGUUAGGUACAGCGAAGUCAAACCGCUGACCACGGAGGAGGUGCAGCAUCUCAUUGCGGCCGGGGGAGUGGUCAGGCCUACAGGGGUCACCGCAGCCAUGAAAGCGAGGCCUGCAAAGCGGUGACGAUUGCACUGCACACUGCUGUCUUGUGUGUUUCGUAAUUAAAAUGCUCAUGUAUAAAUCUCAUGCUUAGAAAAAAUAAUUAUUGUAAGUUUUGGUUUAUGAAUAAAGAAACAUUGGUGGGA